ACAUGACAAUAAAAUGGAUGUAGUGCGGCAGAUUUUGAAAUUUUUUUUCAAAUAUUCACCACUAUAAUCCGUAAUGGCUUCGUAUGCUGAUUAUUUAUACGGACAGGAUUUUUAACAUUACCAUUUGUCUGACAUCGACACUUAAAUUUCGGACUCAUCAACAGAGAAAAUACAAAGAUGGUGCAAGAAAUUGAAAACUUUUAUGGAGUUUAUUUACUUUACAAUGUAAAUCCAAAGUUCAAAGGUCGUACAUACAUAGGAUUCACAGUAAAUCCAAAUAGGAGAAUUCAACAACACAAUAAAGGUCGACAUGCAGGAGGGGCAUGGAGAACACAUGGAAGGGGUCCAUGGGAAAUGGUUUUGAUUAUCCAUGGUUUUCCGAAUGAAAUAUCUGCUCUUAGAUUUGAAUGGGCCUGGCAACAUCCUGACAAAUCAAGAAGACUCCGACAUCUUCCUGGAAAAAAGAAAAAGGAAACCCCAUUCCUUUUUCGGUUCAGAAUAGUAUCAGAAAUGUUAAGAAGUGGACCGUGGAAUAGACUUGCACUAACAAUCAGAUGGUUAAAACAGGAAUAUAUUACAGAUUUUGCACCUGACAUUAAACCACCAGUUCAUAUGCCAAUAGCUUAUGGUUUAGUGAAGGUGAAAAAGGUUGGAUCUGAUACAGGCAGGAGUAAGAAGGGAGACAAUUCAGAAAAAGAAGCAGUAGAUGAUGAUUUAGUUAAUCUUUCACAAUGUGGUAACAAGUAUCCAAGAUGUAGUGUUUGUAAUAAAAGAAUACAGGCAGAAGAUCAUACAUUAAAAUGUGUUCAUCCAAAAUGUCAGAUGGUAUCCCAUACAUUAUGUUUAGCCAAUAAAUUUCUGUCAGACAAAGGAACAAAGAAUGAAGUUUUACCAGUUGAUGGUACCUGUCCCAAGUGUAAGGGUGCUGUGUUGUGGGGUGAUUUAGUGAGACUCAAGACAGGAUGUUAUCAGAAUCUGGAAGAGUGUGGAAGCUCUGAUGAUGAAGAAAAUGAAGAUCAUUGGGCCAAUGAACUACAAACUCAAAUCCCAUGACUGCCUUAAAUUCAUGUCACAUGCUCCUAACAGGAUUAAGAUCAAUGGAGUUAAAUGAAACACAUUCCUUCACAGUACAAUCUACUGGAACAUGUGUGAGUAAAAAAGAGGAAUUAUAUGGAUUAAUAGUUGUGCUUUAAGUACCACAUGAAAACAUUUCAAUGUUAGAAUUAAGGACAUUAGAAGAUAUUUUACAAAGGAUAUUAGAUAUUGAUUUGAAACACCAACAUAUGUUGUUAGAAUAUUGUUCAUCCACAUAUUUGCAGUAACAUGUUUUACCAUUACAAAAUUAAUGAAAAAUCCAUUGAACAACAGUUAGUGUAAGUCUUAAGGAUAUAUGUAGACUUUGCAGAAGUUCUUAAGAAAUAAAUGUUAUGUUUUAAGAAUGCUAGGAGUCUAACUGUAUUAAAAGUUAAGUCAUAUGCUGUUCAGC